AUGGCUAUGUUGAGGGGUCCUAACAGAUCCAUAGCAGAGAACAAGCUGAGUCCGCGAUUUAUGGGUCCGUUUCCAGUAGUGGAGCGAGUUGGGCCAUUGGCUUACAGGCUGGAGUUGCCUGAGAUUAUGAAAGCCUUUCACAAGGUUUUUCAUGUGUCGAUGCUGAGGAAGUGUCUUCACCCUACAGAGGAGUUAGUGGCUAGGAUUCCAGAGGAUCUUCAGCCAGAUUUGACCGUGCCGGCAGUGCCUAUGAGGAUUUUAGAGAGGAGGGAAAAGGUUCUGAGGAACAAGAGGAUUCCCUUACUGAGGAUUUUGUGGGAUUGCAGUGGUUCUACAGAGGAGACUUGGGAGCCAGAGGCAAAGAUGAAGUUGAAGUUCAGGAAGUGGUUCGACAAGCAGGUCGAGGAGUGA